AUGAGUUUCGGAAGUCCCGGUGGUGGCGCAACCAAUAUCAAGCCUACUCCACCAGAGCGAGGUAGCUUUCCUCUUGACCAUGAAGGCGAAUGCAAGCACCUGAUCUCCCAAUACUUGAAAUGCCUGAAAUUGCAGGGAGGCGUCAACAACGAAGAGUGCCGGAAGCUAGCCAAGGGAUACUUGAGCUGUCGAAUGGAUAAGUAUGUCUCCCUCUACAAAUCUCCAAGCGGAGGGUACACGGGUUUUUCGCAAUCUUCAAUGUGCGAUUCCAUGCCUUUGUCGCGGAAACCUCCGGAGAAGGAUGCAGGUUAA